GCAAUACUGGAUAACCUUCAAAUUUUUUUGGAAUUAAAAUCUGAUAAUUUAUAUCAUCAUUUUGUCAUUGUUUUGUUUGAUCAAAAUCGGAAUGUGGCGUAAUUUUCUAAAGUUAGGCUUUCCUGUUCUGAGGAAUUCUGUUGAAGUAUCAAAACAUCCUGAAAGUCAGAAAUCUUGCUAUUCAUCAAUGAAAAUCUUAAUAAAUCAUAAUAGAAAUAUUUCGCGUUCAACCACAUUAAAUAUGUUUAUUCAGACCCAAGAAACUCCAAACCCCAAUAGUCUUAAAUUUUUACCCGGUGUACAAGUUUUGGAGUCAGGACAAACUAUUGAUUUCCCCACAGGACAGGCUGCUUAUUGUUCGCCCUUAGGAAAGUUACUUUUCAGAAUUGAAGGAGUUAAAAGCAUAUUUCUUGGCUCAGAUUUCAUAACUGUCACAAGAAAUGAUGAUGAUGUUGACUGGAAAAUUUUAAAACCAGAAAUUUUUGCCACUAUAAUGGAUUUUUUUGCAAGUGGUUUACCUGUGUUGAAUGAGGCUUCACCUAAUCAAGAUACUCAAAUCAAUGAAGAUGAUGAUGAAACUGUUCAAAUGAUAAAGGAACUCUUAGAUACCAGAAUUCGACCCACUGUUCAAGAAGAUGGAGGUGACAUUAUUUUUGUGGGUUACGAAGAUGGUAUAGUAAAGUUGAAGAUGCAAGGUGCUUGCUCCAGUUGUCCUAGUUCGGUUGUUACUCUCAAAAAUGGAGUGCAGAAUAUGAUGCAGUUUUAUAUUCCGGAAGUGUUGGGAGUUGAACAAGUUAUUGAAGAGUCUGAAAAAGUUUCUGAGAGGUAUUUCAAGGAGAUAGAUAAAAAAAUUGAAGCAAAGGAUACUAAAUGAAAUGACUAAAAUUUGUUAGUUUCAAAUAUUGUAAAUAUAAGAGAUGUUUAGAUAGAAAUUAUAAUUUUAUCCAUUGAAUAUUCAUGAAUGUAUGUGAUCAAAUGUAUAUAGAUAUCUAAUUUAAUUUUGAUUACUCUCCUAUGUGAAAAUUUAUUAUAAACCUUCAAAUGUUCAAGACAUUUGCCGAAUGAGAGGUAGAAGUUCAAGUUUCUGUUAUUGAUGUAAACAUGAUAGAAAUUACAAGUUUCAUGUGUGGACUAACAGGGAAAAA